AUGAAGUUCGGAGAGCAGCUGCGUUCCAGCGUUAUUCGCGAGUAUCAAUGGUACUACAUCAAUUACGAUGGACUCAAAGACGAGCUCAAGACCGCCACCGGGCCCGUCGUAGAUGCCGACAACAACGAAGCCGGUCCCUCGGAUACCUCUAAGAAGAGUAAGGCGCGGCACAAGAAUAGGUGGUCAGAAGAGGACGAGCAGAGGUUCAUCUCAAGGCUAUACGCCGAAUUGGACAAGGUGUACACCAAGACCAAAGUCAAGCAAUCCGAGAUUCAACGCCGCAUAGCAGUCAGCGAUCGGGAGGUCAAGGAGGUCGUGGCCAAGGUGACGGAGCGAGGUCUGGCAGAGCAGGGUCCCUCUGAAGAAGACUUCAUGCUGCUCGAGGAAGACCUGAGCGACAUUAUUGCCGACGUCCACGACCUCGCCAAGUAUGUCCAGCUGAAUUAUACGGGCUUUUAUAAGAUAAUCAAGAAACACGAUAAAAUGACCAACUGGAGCCUACGGCCGUCGUUCGAUGCUGCACUCAAGAAGAAGCCAUUCUACAACGAAGACUUUGACGCUGAAGUCGUGAAACUCUCCAACAUGUACAACAACGUACGAACGAGGGGCAAUCCCAUAAAGGGGGAUAGCUCCGCUGGUGGAACACAAGGCAGCUUUGUCCGCCAGACCACCAAGUACUGGGUACACCCGGACAAUAUUACCGAACUCAAGCUUGUUAUUCUCAAGCAUCUUCCAGUGUUGGUCUUCAAUCCGAACAAAGAGUUUGAGCAGGCCGAUUCGGCUAUCAGCUCCAUAUACUACGACAACCCCGACAAGUGGGACUUAUACGCCGGGCGCUUGAAGAAGACCGAAGGUGCAGAAGCCGUCCGUCUACGAUGGUACGGUGGAAUGCAGACCGACAACAUAUUCAUAGAACGGAAGACUCACCGCGAGGACUGGACUGGCGAGAAAUCCGUCAAAGCUCGGUUCUCCGUGAAGGAGAAGAAUGUGAACGCUUUUAUGAGAGGCGACCUGCUUCCAGCUGCGUUCUUCGAAAAAGCUCGAAAAGAUGGCAAAAGAUCAGAGAAGGCUAUUGCUGAGGAUGAGAGCCUAGCCAGAGAGGUGCAAUACUCGGUCAUCAAGAACCGCUAUGUACCCGUCUGUAGGUCCUUCUACAACCGCACCGCAUUUCAGCUUCCAGCGGAUGCACGUGUCCGGGUUUCCCUCGAUACGGAGCUUACCAUGGUGCGUGAGGAUAACCUGGACGGCGUCAAGCGGUCUGGAGACAACUGGAGGCGGAUGGAUAUCGGCAUUGACUGGCCUUUCUCACAACUCCCGCCCGGCGAUGUCCUGCGCUUCCCUUAUGCCGUCUUGGAAGUGAAACUCCAGACACAACAUGGGCAAGAACCCCCUGAGUGGAUUCGCCAGCUCAUCUCCAGCCACCUUGUUGAGGCCGUUCCAAAGUUUUCCAAGUUCAUUCAUGGCACAGCUGCCCUAUUUCCCGACCGCAUUAACCUGCUUCCGUACUGGAUGCCUCAAAUGGAUGUAGACAUUCGCAAGCCAGUAACACACAACUUCGGCAUUAAGCGCCCGGGGCAGUCACACAGUGGUACGACAUCAGACGAUGAAGAUGAGGACGACAUGGACUCGGACGAGGAAGAGAUGGAGGCGAGAACGCCAUCAGCCCCCUCCCGCGGCAGAAAUGGCCUGUCUCGCGGCGCUCAAGCUAUGGCUCUGGGGGAUAUGGAGGGCCAGACUACAGAGGAGAUCGCUUCGAACGAGGAUUAUCCCCUUUACGACUCAGAUGAUGAGUCAGACGAGGACGACAGGAUAGAGGAGGCCAGGCGAGUUGGCGGCUGGACAUACUACUCAACGUUGGCCAAGAGCUACGCAAAAGCAACGGGUCGCGGAGCGCUGGCAGUGGUGCAGACGCUCACGCCACGACCACGAGCUACAACAGUGCCGCGCAGUAAUCGAACACAGAUGUUCUUUGGCGACCAGGACGUCCAGACCAAGAGGUUCAAGGCGCCCAAGGGCAAGAAGAUCUACGUGCCUGUCAGAGUGGAACCCAAGGUCUUCUUUGCGGCAGAGAGAACGUAUCUCGGCUGGCUCGAGUUCUCGAUCUACAUCGGAGCCAUCGCCGUCACGUUACUCAACUUUGGCAGCAAGCCCAACAAGCUCUCGUUUAUCGUCGCCGGCAUCUUUACCCUCCUCGCCAUCUUGGCUCUCUGCUACUCGGUUGCUAUCUACUUAUACCGAAGCAAGGGCAUCCGGGAGCGGCAGGUGAUCAAAUACUACGACAGGCUUGGACCUACUAUUCUGUGCGGUGCCCUGUUUAUGGGUGUUGCUCUUAACUUUGCAUUCGAGGGGCGGGACAGGCAGCUGUGGUAG